UAGUCUAAGUUAGUGUUGCAACAAGCAUAAAUUUAUGGCUUCAUUAAGGAGGAUCCGAACUAUUUUGUUAAUUUUCACUUUAAUCCUAGCAAUGCAAAUGUCAUUUUCUACUGGUAUUGGUGUCAAUUUUGGGAGGAAUGGUGACAAUCUUCCAAGCCCACAAAAUGUUGUAAGUCUUUACAAGAAGUGUGGCAUUAAGCUUCUACGACUUUUUGAGCCAAACCCUGAUAUAUUAGAAGCAUUGAAGGGAUCCAAUUUGCAAGUGAGUCUUGGAGUAAAAAAUGGAGAUGUGCAAAGCUUAGCAUCAUCUAAAGAAGCUGCUAACCAAUGGGUUAAUACUAAUGUUGCCCCUUACAAAGGUGAUGUUAAUUUCAAAUGGAUUGUAUUAGGAAAUGAGAUUAUUCCGGGCGCCGAAGGCAUUUAUGCUACUCAAGCUAUGAAAAACAUUAAAGAUGCGAUAAAUUCGAUUGGCUUGACUAAAACUAUAGUGACCACAUCAUUUUAUAUGCCUGGAAUUGCAACCUCUUACCCUCCAUCUGCAGGGGCAUUUACCAAAGAUGUGGUAAAUGUUAUGAAAGAUGUUACUGCUUAUUUACUUCAAACUGGAGCACCCCUUAUGGCUAAUGUGUACCCGUAUUAUGCUUAUACAUCAAAUCCAAAAGACAUUAAGUUAGAAUAUGCCACAUUUCAAACCACAAAUACUGUAGUGGUGGAUGGUGGCUUGAGUUAUUCUAACCUUUUUGAUGCAAUGGUUGAUUCAGUUUAUGCAGCAUUAGGAAAAAUAAAUGCAGGGAAUGUUUCUCUUGUAAUUGGAGAAACUGGUUGGCCUACUGCAGGGAAUGAGCCUUAUUCAAGUAAGGAAAAUGCUAAGACAUAUAACAAAAAUUUGAUACAAUAUGUGCAAAGUGGCAAAGGUACACCAAAAAAACCAAAUCAAACUAUUGAUGUGUUUAUAUUUGCAAUGUUCAAUGAAAAUCAAAAGACAACUGGAAUAGAGCAGAAUUGGGGACUGUUUUAUCCCAACAUGAGUCAUGUUUAUCCUCUUCUAAAUUGUUGA